AUGCUCUCACGCUCUGUAACGCGGCAACUCGUACACCGGGCUGCUCGGCCCGCGGCCCUUGCCCCGGCCGCUUCCGGCUACUGCGCUGCGCCUUCCGCAUCUGCGACAUCGUUCGCCUCCAAGUUCUCGACGGCAGUCCGGAGACCACAGACUACCACAGUUGCUCCCUCUACGUCAGCCCCCCUCCGUGCCGCGUUCCAGCGCCGGUUCCUGUCGGACACCACCCGCGAGGCCAUUGACCAUGCCGUCACAUCGGCGCCUGUCGUCCUCUUCAUGAAGGGCACGCCCGAGCUGCCACAGUGCGGGUUCUCGCGCGCGGCGAUCCAGAUUCUGGGCUUGCAGGGCGUCGACCCGGACAAGUUUGCGGCAUUCAACGUGCUGGAGGACGCAGAGCUGCGGGCAGGCAUCAAGGAGUACUCGGACUGGCCGACGAUCCCGCAGCUGUACGUGGACAAGGAGUUUGUGGGUGGAUGCGACAUUCUGGUGUCGAUGCACCAGAGCGGCGAGCUGGCCAAGAUCUUUGAAGAAAAGAAGGUGCUCGUGGCGGCGAGCGAGGGUGACGCUGCGGCUCCCAAGGAGUAG